GGGCAGAGUGCCGGAACUUCGUGAAGGUGCUGCUGGUGCGGAACGAGAGCCUGCUCUUCGUCUGCGGCACCAACGCCUUCAACCCCGUCUGCGCCGACUACAGCGUGAGUCACCCGCCAUCAUGGGGACAGGGACACCGGGGACCCUGUGUGACACCCCCGAGGUGGCCGGGGUGACUGUCUGCAUGGGAUGCUCCUGCCUGGACCACGGGCACGGUGACAGAUUUCCUGGCCAUCGAUGCCGUCAUCUACCGCAGCCUUGGGGACAGCCCAACCCUCCGGACCGUCAAACAUGACUCCAAAUGGUUCAAAGAGCCCUACUUCGUGCAUGCCGUGGAGUGGAGGAACCACGUCUACUUCUUCUUCCGAGAGAUCGCCAUGGAGUUCAACUACCUGGAGAAGGUGGUGGUGUCGCGGGUGGCUCGGGUGUGCAAGAACGACAUGGGGGGGUCGCAGCGGGUGCUGGAGAAGCAGUGGACGUCCUUCCUCAAGGCUCGGCUCAACUGCUCGGUGCCGGGCGAUUCCCAUUUCUACUUCAACGUCAUCCACGCCGUCACCGACAUCCUGCAGCUGGACGGGCGCCCCGUGGUGCUGGCCGUCUUCUCCAC